AUGCAGUUCCCUCCACAACUACCAGAGCAUCGGAAAAGAAAGCGGCGGCGACGCCCCAACCGCGAACCCCUCUCCGCCUGGCUGCAACCAAGCGAAAACAUCAAAGGCAAUGAGGCAUUGAUAUCUCGGAGCUUGUUCUCUGAGCUGUUUGGUCACGAUGCAUAUCAGAAAGAUGAGGGGGAGCACGUUCAACGACACUGCAUUGCUGUGACACCUUGGUCGCCUCAGCCAUCUCGGCAGCUGCAAAAUCAUCACUGGACGAUAUUGCCCAUUCGAGUAGGCUUGAGCAAAGAGGAGGAGCCGUCAGAAGCAAUCCAAAGCGUGAUCAGAUGUCCGCCAGCAUUUGCGGGCCUAGAUUCUCUGCUGAGACAGCUCCAAAGCAACCCCUACGAUGCACACGGCAACGGAGAUCGACUGGGCCACCGACUCAACGUCCUUGAAGUGGAGCCUUUAUCGUUGAGCUCCAUAUACAUCUCGGUGGAUGGGGAUGCCUUGAGGAAGCAUGAGGAAGUACAGAAUACGUUUGGUGGUGGGUUCUUGAGCGACGUCACAAAGGGGCAUGUGGGAACAGGGAAGAAGCUUGCUAAAGUGGGGACCAAGUCUCGGCAAGAUGGUGUAGAUCAUAGUGUUGUCAAGGAUGCUAUAGAGGAGGAUCUGAUAGUGGCCGUUCGACAGGCGCUUGAUGAUAUAAUUAUAGCUAGACAAGGCGACGAUUUGCGUUUGCCACUACCAACGCAUCCCAUUACGCAUGUCCCUUUCCCGCCAGCGCAGAUCGUACUCUGUGAGCCUGUCAGUCAAGGCAUCCCGACGCCCCUCACCAAGAUCGUGUUAAAUCGCACACCCUUAGCGAGCAAGCCGGAGCCGUCUUCAUCACAAGGGCCCCUGCCAGUCCUCUCUUCAAGUAAGAGUCUGACUGACUUUGACAUCACAGACGCAGACGGGAAUUCAAGUGAAGACUUCCACUCGGCUACUGAGGAUGGCGAUAAUUCUGACGAUGAGAACCAGAAGUCUGACCCUGAGCCCGAUGAAGCAGAUGUGGACUCUGCAGAUUCUUCGGAUGAUUCCUCUGAUGACAUGAUAACAAUGAAUACUCCGUCAUUGGCUAUACGACCAUCAAUGAUGUCUUCGAGGACUACUGUCACACCACGCGGAUAUGCUUCUAGAACGAACGGUGUCAGCACGCCGGGAUCAAUUUUCUCCAAUAUGACAAGUAUGACAGCGAGGCAGAAUCAGCUUUCCCGAGGCAAAGUCUUCAAAGUACAGGGUCUUUCGCAGCGGGUGCCCCACGAGCUACUCCAUCCGACCCCGAGUAUUGACAACGAUGAAGAAUGCCGAGUCUUCGUCGAUAUCAAGCUGCUUGUGAGACUUGGCUGCUUUUCCGGUGACUGGGUGAAACUAGAACCAAUCCGCAACGAGGAUCAAAUGACAAAACAUUUGAUGAGUAUUUCUUCUCUGCAAGUCACGGAGGAUUACAAGCCUGCCAAAAUAUUUGGCUUGACGGAUUUGUAUUCGCCAGCUAUUCGACGCAGCGAAGAUGGAAUGCCUCGUACGCGCAGGUCCAGCGUGCAAACUUCGACAGGCUUCACGUCUGGAGCUCUGACGGCAUGGGUUCCUCCAAUCCUCUUCACCAAUCUACAACAUCCGCAGUCCAUCAGGAUCAGCCCGCUAUUCAUCGCCACCCCUCAUAGACCCUCGUCAAGACCGAAAUCUAGUAACAGGAAGCUCGAUUCUACUGCUGCGCCCCCGACCGCCAAUGAAAUGAGCUUGCUCAAAAUCUCUACACCCUUAUCCACGGAUCCCUCGCCAUCCCUGCAGAACGCCCUCUUCGUAGCACUGAAGCAAUACUUCGAACUGCAGUGUCGUAUCGUUCAUCAAGGAGAUCUCAUUGCCGUACCACUCGACGCAUUUGUGAGUCGUCUUUUUGCUCGACCUGGUCAGGCGUCGGAUACUGGGUUGGAGAUGGAGGAGCUUCUUGGAGGACACGAGGCGGCCAAAGCACUCAAGUCAGCUUCGGACAUUGCUUGGUUUAAAGUAGGCCCUUUGAGCGGUCCUGAACCGCUAGAAGCCAGUGAUAUGGCGUCUAACGUGUGGAAUGGAGCCUUUUGCAUUGUACCCAACAGUACGCGAACGAGUACAGCUGGUAGCGAGCAAUGCAAGCUUCCUUCGAGUUUGGCCCAAUCCUACUGGGGGAUUUUGCAGUCGCCCAGAACAACCCUGGCCUCUCUAUCAACAACGUACUCUUCUAAUGUCCAAAGGCGCCUCCGUGAGCUAUUCGCGGCGGCGACGAAUCCUCGCGCUCUCCAUAUGAAAAUGGCCCCCAUCAUCAUACUACUUCAUUCUAAUCAGCGAAACAUCGGAAAAUCCACACUCGCCAAGCGUGCUGCUUCUGAUAUCGGCCUGCACACAUUCAGCAUCGAUGCGUACGACCUGCUCGCAGAGGGUACUGGUGGCGGCGAUGUCAAGGCAGAGACAUCAUUCCAGCUGCGUUGCGAGCGUGCUCUCGCUUGUGGUGCGGCUUACACAACGAUACUACUUCGCCAUGUUGAGGCACUCACAGCUGAUCGAAUGACUAAAGCCAUCAAGGACGUAAUUAAGGAUGCCAGAGUCUUUAUUGCGACGAGUACUGAGCUUGAUAAACUUCCACAAGAACUACGCGGCCUCUUCAGCCAUGAGAUCGAAGUCUCUGCGCCAGACGAGGGAGAAAGAGAAGGAUUGCUGCAGAACAUUUUGCAAGAGCGAGGAUUGAGACUUGCCAGUGACGUGGAUCUUGCAGCCAUUGCUGUCAAGACUGCUGCCCUGGUCGCAGGAAAUCUUGCGGAUGUUGCUGAUCGGGCGCAGGCUGCAAGGCAAGACAGGUUAGAAAAACUUGUGACGGAGUCCUCUCAAGGGAACGAUUUGCCUCUGAUUCGUGAUGCAAUCGUUGCUGGAGGCGAUGCUGGGUUUCUCACCAAAGCUGAUUUUGAAGUUGCAGUCGAAGCUGCGCGCAAAAACUUUGCUGACGCUAUUGGUGCACCAAAGAUACCUAACGUGACAUGGGAUGAUGUUGGUGGAUUGGAGCAGGUCAAGGAUGCGGUCCUCGAAACGAUACAAUUGCCUCUGGAAAGACCAGAGCUCUUCUCGAAGGGAAUGAAGAAACGCAGUGGUAUCCUGUUUUAUGGACCACCUGGCACAGGCAAGACGCUACUUGCCAAAGCCAUAGCCACCGAGUUCUCUCUCAACUUCUUCUCCAUAAAGGGCCCAGAGCUACUUAAUAUGUACAUUGGAGAAUCUGAAGCCAACGUAAGGCGCGUAUUCCAGAGAGCAAGAGACGCAAGACCUUGUGUUGUUUUCUUCGAUGAGCUUGACUCUGUGGCGCCUAAACGUGGUAAUCAAGGAGAUAGUGGUGGCGUCAUGGAUCGCAUAGUUAGCCAGCUUUUGGCUGAGCUUGAUGGCAUGAGUGACGGAGAAGAGAAUGGUAGUGGAGUCUUCGUGAUUGGCGCAACAAAUAGACCAGAUCUGCUGGAUCAAGCAUUGCUGCGACCAGGCAGAUUCGACAAGAUGCUCUACCUGGGAGUCUCGGACACUCACGACAGGCAACUCACAAUACUGGAAGCCCUGACGCGAAAGUUUGCUAUGCACCCUGAAAUGUCCCUUCGACGCGUAUCGGAGUCUCUGCCCUUCACCUAUACGGGAGCUGACCUGUACGCUCUAUGCUCAGAUGCCAUGCUCAAAGCUAUAACGCGGCAAGCGUCAGCUGUUGAUGCCAAGAUCAAGGCUUUGCCAGGUGGCCCCGUGACUACGGCAUAUUUCUUUGACCAUCUGGCCACGAAAGAGGACAUCAGUGUCAUGGUCACGGAGGAUGACUUUGCUAAUGCGCAGAAUGAGCUUGUGCCAUCAGUGAGUGUAAAGGAACUUGAGCACUAUCAGCGGGUUCGCCAAAAUUUCGAGGGUCCGUCCAAACCCAGAUCUAUGGCCGUUGUUUCAACUGCAGCACCCAACGCCGUCGAUGGAAACCUGCGACCUCCUUCGCCUACCAAGCGAAAGGCUCCAAAACGGACCAAUACUGCGAUCAAUAUGAACGGCUCCGCCAGUGUUUCUAAAGGGAAAGGUAAAGGGAAGGCGACCAAAUGGGAUAGUGACGACGAUGACGACGACGCGUAUGUGACUAGCAACGACUACUCAACUCCCGAGCGUCGGAGAAGCAACACCAAUAAUACGAAUGGCUUCGGUAAUGGUGCCGACGAUGAUGAUUUGUAUGAAUAA